AUGGAUGAGCAUUUCUCCGGAAUAGCUCUAAAAACACUACCAAAGAACUACAAAGAAAUGGAUUUCGAGGAAUUAAAACAAGCGAUCUGUACAGAAUUUCUUCCAGGCAAGAAAGAAUUGGAAAAGCUCUUAAAAGAGGCUGUUUUACCCGCUGUUAAUGCAGAGGAACAGCGCCGUUGUGAAGAUCUUCUCGAGCGCCGGGAUGAGCUUAAUAGGGAAGUUGUUAUUCAGGCAGUUGCACGUUAUCGUAACAAAUUAAAAUCAAACGAACAAAUGUAUCGUGAAAGCGUAACUGGCUACAUACAUGAUGAUUUAUUACAAUAUUUUGAACAUGCUAUUUAUAACAGAUAUCAAAAUGAACCUGCACACAAACCACACGGGCGAUUCCAUGAUGCAGUUGAAGCAGCAAAAGAAAUUGAAGCAGCAUCAUUUAUUAAUAAUGGUGCACGUGUAUGUGAUAGAUUGAAAGCACGAUUUCCGAUUCCUACGUUAGUUGAGCAUGGACCCGACGACUUGUUUACACAACAUCAAGCUAGUCGAGCUUUUGUUGAACGUGCUAGAGGUGAUUUCACGUAUAAGGAAUGGCCUAGUUUAUAUUAA